AUGGAGGAGCUGGCCCGGGAGAGCAUCAGCCUGCUGGCCCGAUCGGCAUCUCAUGCGGACCCCCCGCGGCUCGGCUCGUUCGGUGCGGUGUUCAUCAUGCUGAAGUCUGCCCUGGGAGCCGGACUGCUCAAUUUCCCCUGGGCCUUUCAGAAGGCGGGGGGAGUCACCACUGCAGUCAGUGUGGAGCUGGUGUCUCUGGUUUUCCUCAUCAGCGGCCUGGUCGUCCUCGGCUAUGCGUCGUCUGUCAGCAGACAGAAGACGUAUCAGGACGUGGUGAGAGAAGUGUGUGGACGAGCCGUGGGGAAACUCUGUGAAGUCUGUUUCUGCUUCAACCUCUUCAUGAUAAGUGUUGCCUUCCUCGUGGUGGUCCAGGAUCAGCUGGAGAAAUUGUGUAUUUCUCUCUAUGAGACAGUUACGGGAUCGAGUGAGGCAGAAAUGCCCUACCACUGGUACACAGACCAACGAUUUGCCCUCUUCGUCAUGUGCCUUGUAAUCAUCCUACCACUGUCCAUCCCAAAAGAAAUCGGCAUCCAGAAAUACACGAGUGUGCUGGGGACGCUGGCUGCUACAUAUCUGUGUGUGGCAGUGACUGUAAAAUAUUACCUGAUGGACAGUCACGCAGUCAUAACUCCAGACCACAGCCAAAGUGUGAGUUCAUGGGCAUCGAUGUUUAGUGUUAUACCGACCAUUUGCUUUGGCUUUCAGUGCCAUGAAGCCUGUAUAGCAAUCUACAGCAGCAUGGAGAACCAGAAGAUCUCCCACUGGGUGGUCAUUUCUGUGCUCUCCAUGCUUUUCUGCUUGGUCAUUUACACACUAACUGGUGUGUAUGGCUUCUUGACAUUUGGACAAGACGUAGCCUCAGAUAUUUUGAUGUCAUAUCCAGGAAAUGAUGUGGUCAUGAUCGUUUCCAGGCUACUUUUCGGAAUAUCAAUUAUCACCAUCUACCCAAUUAUUCUUCUUCUCGGGAGGUCAGUCAUCCUGAACCUGAUGUUACGAGUUCGCAGACAUUACCGGGGAAUCGUCACUCAUUCGUUUGAGAAUCGCUGUAGAGUUGUUCUCACGGUGGCCUGGAUCACCUUCACGCUUCUCAUUGCCAUGUUUGUACCCGACAUGAGCGACGUCAUCAGCAUCAUCGGAGGAAUCAGCGCCUUCUUCAUCUUUAUAUUUCCUGGUCUUUGCUUAGUGUUCACCAUGCAAACUGAGAACAUCUCUUCAAGAGUCAGGGCGAUUUUAACAGCUUGGGGAGUCGUAACGAUUGUAGCUGGAGCAUUCAUCUUUGGACAGAGCACAACCCUCGCUGUCAUGGAGGUUUUCCGGAAAUUCUGAACUUUCAGAACUAGACAAGCUCCCUCUUUUUCUCUCAAGAGAGCUGAAUGUUGCAUUUUUAAAGGAGGUUUUUAGGGGUAUGUGUGACUCUUAUUUGACCGUCUGUGGCCUUAAUUUAGGUUGACAGUGUCUGAAUGGUUUCUUAUGUGAUGUGAUGAAUAUUGACUAUAAUAUCUGACUGCCUGGUGAAGUCCUGUAAUGGAGAGAAACAGACUUGUUUGAUUACAGGCAUUUAAUGAUUUUGUGUGAUUCAGCAGUGAAACAUCUGCAAUUUGUAAAAAUCUGUCUGAGCCCUUGUUUAUGUUUAAGCACUGCCAGGGGGCAGCAUUGCACCAUUUAGGAAGUGCCUCUCUCUGUUUAUUUUUCAUUCACAUGCUGUAUAUGCGGAACUGCAUAGUGACAACACAGAUAAGAUGAAGCUGUUUUCUUAUCAUGCUUAUUUUGGCCACAGCGAUAAUGGCUUGUCUGAGCCCGCUGAGCCUUUUCAGUAUAAACAGAUGGACUCAUUGUCCCUGAAAUGUACUUUUGCAUUUACAGGAUGAUAAACUGACUGAAGACUUGUUUUUUUCCUUUCUCUUAAGUGUUUGUUCCUUAUCUUGUCGCACCAUUUCUAAACUCCACACUGCCUUAAUCCCAGCGGCGAUAUAAAUCUGCUGCUUUCACUGAGCACAGGGUGAUGGCUGAGGUGUGCUGAAUAUAGCUGUUUAUUGUUUAUGGAUUUCAAGCUUAAAAGAGUAAUAGGAUGCUGCCUGGAAGCAUUCACAUGCUCACACACGUGUAUCAGUGCACAAGUGAGUAAUAGUUUACACUACAUCUGGAAAAUUGGGUGUUUUAUCUGAGUCUGGAGGCGUCUGAUUUAAAAGCAAAAUGAGC